ACGGGGUACACAACCCAGCAGCAACACUCACGCGUCUUCGAACGACGACGACUACGACGACGACGCGAAGCGCCAGAUCGACGUCAAGUGCCAGAACAACGCGUGCAAUCGCCUAAGCCACACGGACUGCGACACAAUAGCCACUACGAUAAAAAAUUCGUGUUUGUGUUUUUUUUCACAUUUUUUUUAGUUACGGUUCUGUAUCGCGUUUUCGUUUACCGGCGUGCGUCGAGCCACCCCGAGCCCUAUAUAAGCGCACUCGAGACUCCGCCGCACGAAUUGUUCGCAAUCAACAGAUUGACGGUGUCCAGCUCAAACACCACUCUCACUCUCCCUCUCACUAUUUCUUCCUCUAUCUCACCAUCUCGUCCGCACUGCUGUUGGAGAAGAAUAUUUUAUAGUGAUAUUUCGAUAUAAUAUUUGUUAUCGUCCGACGACAUAUUAUUAUAUUAUAUUGUUAUAACCGCCGUCGUAUAGCACGUCGAAGACGAUCGUCACAUCCGUCAUCAUGAUGACGCUCACGCCACGGUUACUGGUAGCCGUUGUCUUACUAUGGGCGGUUACGGUCGCCGUGCAGUCCCGGCCCGCCACCGACUCCGGCGAAUCGGAAAUAGAAGAGUCCGUGGAAUUGUCACCCAAUCCCUCGGUCGUGAUGGUCCCGGUACGCCAGCUCAUGGAUCCGAAUUCACCGUUUGCCCGUAUUCUAAACAAUCAGCUGCUUAAAAUGUCCGAACGAGACCUACAGGCCAUUGAAACUGGACUGACUGGAACCAAAACAAAACCCGUCUCCAGCGGUGACCCGGAAAUGAUGAUGGGGGACAUGCCGUCGGAAGACGAUUCACAGGACUCGUCGUCACCAGCUACCAUGUUUGAACGAGCCACAGUCAUGACGGACAGAGAAAGCCCCGAGUAUGAAGAUCCCGAGGUCCGAGCCAGACAACAAAGAAUUGAAGACAUUCAACGUCAAAUGAUAAACUUAACAGGGAGGAAAUCAAUAAUCCCGCCGAUCCCAGUGAAAAAAACGGGUCCGAUUUCGUCUUAUCCCUCCGACACAUUUAUAGAAAAAACGCAAAGCUUUUAUCCUAUUUGUGAAAUGCCUAAGCACACAAAUGGAGAUUCCUGGAACACAAAGGAAUUGAUGAAUUUAAUGUUUAAUAUUAGUUUACCCAAGUCGUCUAAUGGUAUCUCAGUAAACGUAAAUACUGCUAGACUCAGGCUGUACAAACAAUUUGUAUCUUGUUAUUCACAAACGAGUAAUGAGACCGAUGAUUCUCAAUCAUGUCAGCCAACAUUAUUUGUAACUAAGAAGCAGUCCAAUUUGACUAACGCUAGUGUAGUACCAAUAAUAAUGGACGAGAGACUGAUUCGCGUAUCAAUUUAUUUGAACAUUAGAUCACUUAAGAGGAAGAGAGUAAUAAAGAGGAAGUUAUUGGACAGCCGUAUGGUGCCAUAUUUCAGCGAGAAAUGGACAGAAUGGAACAUUCGUAAUGCAGCAAAAGCUUGGCACAAGAACCCAGCUCGGAAUUACGGAAUCAGUAUUGAAGUUGAAGACGAAGAUGGCAACUUUCUUCCAGUCGCCAAAUUUUUUAGGCCUAUAAAUUGUUCGGAAGACGCACAAAUGAUGACCCCAAAGCCGAUGCCCGGGUUUCUGAUGGAGGCGGUGCACAGCAAUUACGGCGUACUGGUCCGCAACCCGACCACCACGGCCAACAACAGUAACACCAACGCGGAAGACGCACUCGCGCUCAGCUUCAACAUGUACAUGUAUCCGAUGAUGGACGUUACCACGGUCGAGGUACCAGAAUCGGAGGCGAACAAUGCCAUGUUUUACCUGUACGCGAAAAACACGCUUGAACAGGUGGGCGGCAGAAGCUCUGGUUUGUCGCAGGGGCAGGAAUACAUGAUAGCCGAGUUUCAGCACCGGAUCCGGCACGGUAUCCAGCACCGGAACAAUGGCACCAUACCCGGAAGUCUGUCCAAAGACGGACACGAGCUUCGCGACCAGAUCAUUCCGCAAAGCAUAAUCCAGUGGAACGUGCAGCACAAGUCGACAACCACCGAGACCCCGGACUAGUCAAAUCUUAAUACAAUAUAUCUUGAUAUAAUUAUACAUGUGCACAGGGUGAUUCUAAAACAUCUUAUUUAGGCUCGUUGUUUCAAAUAAAUAGGUGGCUUGCUGGGAUAAACGUUAUCCACACUCCCGAACAAAACAUAUUAUUUAACUCUAACUUAUGUCUUCUCCCUAUAUGCGCAUAAUUUAAGUGAUUUUCGCGAUUUUCACUAUUUUAUUUUGUUAAUUUAAUCUUGUGUUUUAUUAUAGGCAUAUUUAUUUUACUUUAUUACUAUUUAUUUGUUUAAAAGUAAAUUAACCACCGUAAACUACUCUGCAAUAGCCGGAUAACACAUUGUCCGGUUUACGAUUGAAAAAUCCACCCUGUAUACAUGUAUAUAUACUAUUAAAUAAAUUAUAAACACAGUAGUAUAAUAUGCUACAUGUGACGCCACUUUUCAGCGUGUGCAAACAAUUUAAUUAAUAUAACAAAACAUUGAUAAAACCACCAGCGAUCACAACUUCACAAAUAUAAGUAACACGUAUUCGAGCCGUGUAUGUUUCGACUUAGGUCCGAAGAGACACAUACACAAACACACACACACGCUCAGACCCACUUCAAACCCAAUUGCAGUUUUUUUUUCAUGUUAGGUGGAGGGACAGAAUAUUAUAUAAUAAUGUAUAUGUACAUGCAUUGACGUAUAGUGUGCGAUUGACAGGUAGAUUUAGUAUAUAACUUUAAUUUAUAUUAUUAUUAUUAUUACUAUUAAUUAAUUUAAUGUUUAUUGUACUAACACUAUGUAAAAUGUUCCUAUAGUUUUUAUAAUUAGCGACGAUCAAACUAAAAUAUCAGAUGUGUGUUAGACUGUAGCCGUUCUACAUCGACACAUUACCUACCCUACCUAUUUAAUCCAUUUUAAACGCAAACGCCGCGCGAUCAUCGGUGAAAUAGAAAAAUCGCCUUUCAAUUUUUUUUUCUCAAAAAUACAAUAUAAUAAUUACAAUAUAUUAUUAUCAGUACCCACACCGUGGUCGGAAUUGUUGUUAAUUCGUGCCUCGAUCGUACACACAUAUUCGUUAGGACGGUAUACCUAUUCCUACAUAUUAUUUUAUUCGAGUUUUAGUAAUUUAUAACAUUUUGUUAAAAUAUUAAUUUAUUAUUUCGUACGACCGUUUCGGGCGUGCGUAUUUUUCUGUUUAUUUUUCUUCUUUUUUUACGAAUUAUGUGUUUAUUAUAAUAUUAUUCACCAGAGUGUGCACGGAUAUAAUAUAGGUACCACAAAUGACGUGUUAUUAUGAUUGUUAGUGCGCAUUAUAAUAUUAUUAUUGUUCAUCUCACCUAGUGCGCGCGCCGCGAUGUCUACGGACGUCCGGAUGGUAUAUAUAUAAUAAAUCAUGGCAUACCUUUAUAUACAACAUACCUAAUAUUUCUACUAUUAAUUUAUUAAUUUAUUAAUAUUUAAGUUUUUUAUUUUUUUCUUAUUUAGAAUAUAUUAUAUUAGGUAGUUUUCGUAACGACGUGACACAUUCGUGACGACGUAUUAAGAUAUAUUAUAAUAAUGCUUCCUAACAACAAUGUACCCUUUUACGUAUUGUAAAUAAUCGCUGUACUUUGUUUGUUUUAUUUAUAUAUAUAUAUAUUUAUAGAUAAUAGAUAUAUCGCAUAAUA